AACAUUAAUUGCUGCUAGUUCACGAGGAAAUAUUCUCUUCUUAUCUAUCAGCAUCCCUUGAAAAACUACUUAUUAUAUUCUUGUUUUUUUUUUGCUGAUAACACAUAAAAUGGGAAUUUAUUUUCAAGAAUUGAUUAUAUUCUCUGCUUUUGCGAUUGUGGCCAGUGAAUAUAGACCACCCCCAGGAGCGAUUGUACUCACCAAUGAUUACCCUUACAAUAUCUACGAUGUGGAAUACAGUUGGGUAGAUAUUGUUACCAAGCUCAAAAACAUUAAAAAUGCUGAAAUAAACAGUAUUCUGGAGCAAUACACAGCUAUUCACCAAGUUAAGAACAUCAUGAUUACUAAGUUUCUAAGAUGGAUGUUGAUUCAGCAUUGUAUAUCUCAGAGUUUUAUGGAAAAGUUUGAAAAGGAAGAAAAAUUGGAGAUAAAAUACGCUAUCAAAGAAGGUUUGCAAAUAGGUAGGAAACGAAUACAGACCAUGGAUUCACAGGCUGAAUACGAAGACCAAACAACGGAAACUAAUAGAGAGAACAUGGAAUCAAUCUUUGAAGAUAUUGAAACGCUCCUAGGAGUGAGAAAUGCAGAAGAGAACAUGAUGGAGCGAGCUGAGUAUGUGACUCGUAACUAUGUCAUGGAAUACAUCUCGCUUAGUUUAUCUGAAACAUUGAUUGCUAAUUUCUUAAUGAGCCUAUUUCUCCAAAUUGACCAGAACGAUCUUCACAAGGAAAUAAUUACCAACCCACUAACAAAGAACACUGAGGGCAAAAAUGAAUCUAACUUGAUGAGUUUAUUCGAAGGAUUCAAUGAUGAGGAAAUAGUGAAUUACAGAAAGAAACCCCUCAAAAAUAGGAAGCAGCUUGUUUUUCAGAAUCGACUGAUCAGGAACCAUUGCAUUCAAAAGCGAGUAUUGAAACAAGCCAGUACCGGUAUAGCUGAUAAUGUACUUAAGCAGUCAGUUUUGCAGAAGACGAACGAUUUCGUCAGCCGAUUGAAAUUAUUUGAAUUAAUGGUUUUCAACUAUCAAUUAAUCCAAACGACUCGUGAGAAGAUCAUUUCUCCAUCUCUGGCUGGUUUAAGAGAUGAUGUAGCAUUCACACAGAUACGUGUUGAUUACAAUUGUGGUUACAAACAUUUAACAGACGAUGAUAUCAAUGAUUUGGACUUCUUAUUGUCUGAGUGGAUUUUGGAAAAGAUUUCGAUGUCUGUGAUUGCUGAUGAUGAAAUGUAUCAAGCAUUACGUCAAAUAUUUCUCCUUAUUGACACAGAUUAUAAGGAGAAUAAUAUUGUUGAUUUAUUGAAGAUUGAUGUAUGAGAGGGGACUGAGACUGUAUAAUCCACCAUUAUACGAGAUCUACAGUAUUCUUUUCUUCAUAAUCAACUCCUCUAAAACUACUAGAUCCACUGAGAAUUCUCAAUAGAAUAUUCCGUUUUUUUUUUAAUAAAGAGAAUUCGAAUCUGUUUG